AUGGUGAUCCAAACGACUUAUUUGGGUACAGGGGAAGUACAAGCAAUAGCCGGUCUCUGUGAGGACCAUUUGGGUAAGAUAAAUUGUGAUUGGCAGUUCUAUUGUAACCCACAAAAAGACGCAGACGCGCGCUCGGAUACUUCAGUCCGUACAAUGGACGAAGGUGUGGAUCUUGAAGUAUUGGCCUAUAUGGCCGCCACUGAAGACUGUACCUAUGACAAGUGCUAUGAUGCAACUUCAAACGUGUCUGGUCUGCCACUUGUGUGCAGUAAUUGUGGUGUGUCUUUCUUUUCACUGCAAAUUCCUGAUGAUCAGCUAGACUGUUACUGCUCUGGUGAGUGCAAGUGGAGUGUUAUUAUGUAUCGAGAGAUGGUUUUGCAUAUGUUUACCAUGCGCCGAUCUACGUGCCCUUGCCCUCGAACACCUCUUGGCAGUACGUGCUCGUCCUCGAGUUUCUAUGAAAACAGUGACGAGGACGAGACGGAGGAGGACGGACUUGCGUCUUUCAGCUUUCGUGAUGAUUCAAUUGCCAGUUAG